CUCGUUCAAGAAUAUGUUUUGGAUCCCGCGGAAACUACACGCGUCUGAUCGCGCGAGGUCCUCCUCCGACCGCACUAUCCGAUUGUAGACUGUUGCGAGUGAUACAGAGGUUAUAACAACCUGAGAGAUGGCCGAGGGAGCUCGGUGGAAGAGGCCCAGGGCGGACGAGGACGAGGAGGAGCUUCUGCGCCAGCAAGAGAAGUUCCUGGAGGCGAAGCGGGAGCCGUCCGUGAAGCUGAUAGACCUCCGGGAUUCCGCCGGCGCACCGGGCGGUGCUCCGGGCGCCGGCAGGGCGAGAUCGCGAUUCUCGAGUCUGAGGCAGUCCGGAGCGAGGCGAGACGUGGUUUCCACCUCGCGAAGCAGCGGAGAGGUGAUAAACCCGGUCGUCGAAGGCAGGAUGCGGGAGACGAGGCAAGCGAAACCGGUGGACAUGGUGCAGAACAUACCCGUGGCGUCGUCGAACGUAAUACUCGGCAACAUCGUGGAGAGGAAAUUCGACAUCGAGAAGUACGAGUUUGACGGCGGCUACGUAGCCGCGGCGGUCGAGCCGGCACCCGAGGUGUUUGGAUCCGACGACGCGUCCCUUAUGGAAAGAAUCGACGGUAAGCAGAGCUUGUUCGCGCGAAGGGUAUCAAAGUUGAAAUCUACGAGAGAGGAUUCGGCGAAAGUCCAGAGGGACGAAUCUUCCCACUGCGGCGAGGGAGACGCGAGUGCGAUGGGGGAUCAAUUGGCCGUUGAAGUCCACAAGGAAAAUUUGGAGAAGCUGGCGCGGAUGAGCGAAGCGGAGAUUUUAGAGGCAAAGAGGAAGCUUGAGGAGAAUCUUGAUCCUAACAUAAUACAGUUUUUAAGGGACAAAAAGAAGAAAUUGCAGAAAAGAUCGAUCGAACAGGACGAGCGAUGCACCAUUUCAGUCGCGUUCAAGACCACGGGCGCAACGGACAAAGAAGUAUUCAGUGAUAAGAAGAUGAAGUUCUCGCCAAACGACGACGACUCGGGAAUAGAUUGCGAGAAUAACGCAGCGAGCACUUUAGUCGCAAAAGAGAUAACAAUGGAUACAGAGGUAUCCGAUAGUAAGAAGACAAAGCUUUCUUCGGAUGACGCCGACAUAAAGACGGAUUGCGAGGAUGACGCCAGCGUGCCAGAAGCAUUCAAAGAAAUACUCGAAGAGAGCAAACAGAAAGGUUGGCUGCACAUGAACACACCCGAGCUAGAAAAGUUGAAGUGGAUGGGCGACUUGCCGGAGAAGAAAACGGACGAGUCCACGCCGAACGAGGAGUACAACGCGAGAUUUGAUUUCAAUGGUUUUUUGUUGCCGUACAAGGACGAGAGCUUGACCGUGGACAAAGGUCUCCAUCAUCACGGAGAGGAGCCCGAACGUCCCGGGUACUCCCUGCAGGAGUUGCUGCAGCUGAGCAGGUCCUCCACGCAACAGCAACGGUGUACAGCUCUUACCACCCUAGCCAAUAUCAUGGAGAAGACGCACCAGGGUUGGUACGACAAGGCUCUGCAUCCAGCGCCGCUGCUCGCGCUCAGUCAGAAGAACAUCCUGCUGCUUCUGAGGUUCUCGCUGGACGACCCGUCGGUGGCCGUGGUGACGGCGGCUCUGCAAGCUCUCAGAGCUUUCCUGGUCAGCGAGGCGGACGAGAUAUGCUUGGACAGGCUGCAUGGCUUCAAUGGAUACGCAGAGCCCACCCUGACGCCUCAACUCGAGGACAAGGACACGAGUAGCCUGAAGGAUCACGAAUUGGCGCAGUUGGAUACCGUGGCUACGUUACUGAGAUCGGACUUUUUGCUAAGAGUCAGAUAUAUUUUAAACGAGAUGCAUCCACCACCAGUUGGAGUAACGUGUGCCUUAGAGAUACUCAUCCGCCUCGCGAGACACUCGCACGUAACGGCACUGAAUAUCUCGUCCACGCCGUAUCUGUUGGACACCAUUGUCCAAAAUUUUAUACCACUGUCUAUAGACCGAUUAGCGAUGCAGGACACGAUAAAGAACGUUUACGGGAUUCCCGUAGUUAAGGCGAUUAAGUUGUGUCGCGUUCUCGUCACGUAUGGCAAGAAGCCCGUCGCGCAGAAAUUGGAUAACUUGAAGAUUAUCCAAGCCGUCUUAACGUACAUUAGCAGCGAAACGGGCAGGAACAAUGACCCAAGUCUCAGCAUCGAGAGCCUGCGGUUCUGGCGAGUGUUGUUGCAUUACGGAGUAGGAUUGGACAGCGUCACGGGUGCUCGGUUAACUCUCGUGUCGCAAUUACAGCUGCUAUUAAGUAAUCAUAAUAUUCAAAGUACGUCCGAGUUGGCGUGCGAGCACGCCGCGGCGUUAAUUGCUGUGGCGAGUCACGAAACCACGUUAAAACCGAGCAUCUCUACGUUGCUAGCGAAGUGGAGCACACAGUUUUCGUCGGUAUCUAAUGUAACGUGGGGCGUUAUGAAAUUAAUUGCGGAAAGUUUAUCCGCCGUUGACGAGAUACCCGCGUGUAAAACAGCACAGCUAUUCAACCAGCACGUUUUUUCAACUCUUCGCUCCAGUUCGAAUUUAUUGAGCGACUGCAACGCGGCUACGGAUCGGGAACCAUCUUGUCUUCCAAACUUGGGCGCUCUCAUAGAAAACGGAGAGUUGCAGCCGAUCGUAUCGGCACAUUCGUGUAUACCGUUCUUGGCGACGAUAUUGAAUACAUUUUAUAAUAACUCUCGCGUAGCAGAAAUUGGUACAAUACUCGAGCACCCGUCUUUCCGCAAAUACAUGCGAGACUUGGAAGGGACCGAGUGGAGUCUGGAAAGAUCGUGGUACAGCAGAACGGAGUUGUGCCUUUUGACGGCGGUAGUGAAAGCAGCAUCCCUCCUUGGAGACGCGAUCAAUAAGGAGACGGCGCAAAUUGCGUGGAGAAUCACCAUCAAGCUCAUCUCGGCAUUGCCGGCGGACGCCACGGAUCACGUGAGGAAGCUCCUUCAAAUCGCGCUAUCGAGCGAAAAGGUGAAUCUAGAGAUAAUCACUAACGAACUGGCCAGAUUAGAUCUGGGGUCCACGGUGAACCAGGUCAAGACAGGCUUGCACUCCGACGCAGCGUCGCUGUACGAGAGAUACAUCGUACCGAACGGCGAUUGGAAUCAGGCGGCGAUGCCGAGGGACUGGCUCUUCCUGCCUUUGGUUCACAUGUACACAAAGUGCAAGAGCGAUAUCAAGUUGCAGUCGGGGGACAAGGACAGCGUCCUGACAGUGCUGACCCUGGCGUUGGUCUUGCCCGACCUCAUGGAGAAGCUGUCGCCCACUUUGAGAUUCAGCAGACUGAUACUAGUGUACCUCUGCGAUACUAUCUACCUGGACGGCGACGUGUCCACGCUGCUGCUGAACGUUCUGUCGAAUCUGCUGAGGAGAUAUCACAAGCGGUUGAACUUCCAGACGGAGCUGCCGGGGUUAAGCUCCUUCACCGAUCUGUACACGGCGCUGUGCGAGCACUUCUGCUCGAGCUCGUACGGCGACGACGGCUUCGCUACGACGUUGCUGGUGCCGGUGGCGCAACGGCACGAUCCGCACUAUCGAAAACUGCUGUGGUCGGAACACGCGGCCGCGCUGCGAUACCUCAAACUACCGCCGGAGAAGUUGGUGCUGCCGCUGAAGGAGUAUCUCUAUCCGGAGGAAGACGACACGUCGCUCAUAGAAAGCUACAUCACGGCGCUGGUCCGCGGAGUGGUCCGGCAUACGUGGUGUCCGGUGCCCUUCGCGAUCGCGGUACACCACUCGGCAAUGUAUCUGAAGCGCUCGAGCAGGCUGGCGGUGCUAAUGCGAGCGCGGGUGGAGAAGUUGCGGGACAGAGAUAUCGCGGAUGCAUUGCUGCACUACGUGCCACCGCGAUUAUGAAUGUCUCUCGGUCCACCGUGACGAGACGUCCCUCGACGCUGGAGCAGUCGAGCUCGAUGCAGUGCAGUCUGGCGCCCCAC